CAGGAUUCAGGGCUCUUGCCAGGAAUUCAGCUGGGGACUGGGAUCAGACACUACUUCUUCUAAUCACUGCUGUUGUGUUUGGAUCACAAUUGCUUGUUAUGUCAGAGCCAGUUCUCUUUUCUUGUCCAAUCUCUUCAUAGGCUGCCUAAAAUGUUUGCAUUUAUCCUUAUCACACACUGACUUUUGAAACUGUCUGAGAGUCUGACAAACAUCACAAAGUGGUCUUCUCUACAUCUGUACAUUUCUCGAUGGAAGAAAGCAAAACCAAUUGUUAUCUAAUCCAGUGCAAUCCAAGGCCUUGUUUGGCUAUGACAACCAAUAAUGCAAGUAGCAUGUUUCUCAGUUCCAGGAUGCUGAUUUGUUCCAUGCACAUUCCAAUAGCCAUGUUGUUCCUGUUUAUGGAGGAUAAGGCUUAACAAAAGAAGGGCUGCAGGGAGGGGCUACUGCAAAUUCCUCCUGCUGAGGAAGAGAUACCUCAUGACACUGACACUAAGUCUUUGGGUUCCCCAGUUUCUCACAAUUCACUGCUCUGGUUCCAUUCCCUUGUGUCAACAGCUGUGUUCUCCAGAUGCUAAAUUACAGUGUGAUGUCAAUGGCAUUAUCUCUCCAUCCUCUGUGUCUAAUAAUAACCGUAGCUUUAGCCAUGGACCAUCUGAAAGGAGUAAAAGGAUUCAUAAGAACAUUUGUUCAAUAACUACACAUUAUGCAGACUGAAUUUAAACUUGAACUAUUUCAUUUGAUUCUGAAUCUAACAAUGAUGCCUUUAUUCUUUUCUUACUACAGGUUUAUCCGAUGUACCGUGAUAUUGGUCAGCCUUGCAGCUCAGACCCUACCCUGGUGGCCCAAAAAGAAUGGAUCCAGUACCACCUUUUCGGAUGGACCCUGAAAGCCUGGAUCUUCAGCAGGUCCCUGUGUUGUCUAUUGACCAGAUCCGUGCUAUAAGGGCUAAUAAUGACUAUGUGGAACGCCCUGUGGCAAUGGAGCCUGCCUCUCAGGUUGGUGUCAUCUAUACACACGAUGAACGACACUCUCAGAUGUCUGGCAGUCAAAGUCAGCACCAACAUUCCCAUUUGGCCCACGUAAGUCGCUCCAGUACCGUGAGCUCCAUGUCCCGUGGCAGUGCUGCUUCAGAUCAGAGACUUCUUACUGGAUUAACGCCUUCCCAUUCUGGUCUAGCAGCUGUAGUGAGGUCCCAGCCCAAAGGUGACAUGAAACCCGAGUCGCUGGGCAAAGGACUGGCUGACGGUGAGGACUUGGGCCUUCAUCUCUUCAUCUGUGAACGUUGUGGCCACUGCAAGUGCCAGGAGUGCUGUGCCCCUCGUAAUUUGCCCUCCUGUUGGACCUGUGGCCAGCGCUGCUUGUGUUCUGCAGAAAACGUCUUGGAGUAUAGCACCUGCCUGUGCUGUGUGAAGGGUCUGUUCUACCACU